AUGGCAUCAACACCUCAAGCAUUAAAAGUAUUAUCAAGAUUUGGUUUUACAUCACAGUUUUCGGUAGAAGCUUUAAAAUUAACAACUGGAGAUCAACCAAAAUCAGAUAAUUUCAAAAUAUUAGAUGUUGCAACAGGUACAGGAACAUUAUCAUUAUUUGCAUCAUCAAUUUUUAAAAAUGCUGAUAUAAUAGCUUCAGAUUUUUCACCAAAUAUGAUUUCAAUUUUAAAUCAAAUUAUUAAAGAAGAUGGAAUAACCAACAUUAAAACCAAAGUUGAAGAUGGAAUGAAUAUGAAAGAUUACAACAAUGAUACAUUUGAUUAUUGUUAUUCAAUGUUUGGUUUAAUUUAUUUCCCAGAUAGAGUUAAAGGACUAAAAGAAAUGCAUAGAGUAUUAAAACCAAAUGGUAAAGUUGCAAUAGGUUCAUGGAGAAAAGACCACUAUUUUCCAGUUAUUUUAUCUAAAACUUAUGAAAAAUUAAUGGGUAAACCAUUACCAAUCGAACAACCAAUUAUUUCAUUGGGUGAUAAAGAUCAAUUUAAAAAAGAAAUGGAAGAAGCAGGUUUUAAAAAUGUUCAAAUACAUUUAAUUGAUAAAAUCCCAAAAGAUUUAAAAGAAUAUAAAGAUAUUCUAUCAAAAGGUAAUCCCGUUAUAGACGAUGUCUUAAACAUUAUACCAGACGAUAAAAAACAACAAUUUGAAGAUUUAUUAGUUCAAGUAACCGAACAAACAUAUCCAAGAAAAUCAGAUGGAACUAUAGAAUUAGAUUCACCAUGUUAUAUAGGUUUAGGAACCAAAUAA